UUUUCAUUUGGAUUUGUUAUUGAUGUUCAACUUUUCUUGUACUUUUCAACAAUUUCAAUCAUUGUGCCUUCAAUUUUUUCAUUGUUCUUGUAUUUUUGUUGUUCUAUUUUUUGUUUUUUAAUGGUUUCUUUGUCUUGUACUCUUUAUAAAAUUUAAAAGUGGAAGUGUUAUAUAUGGAGUUGCUAUAUCCAAUUACUUUAACAUGACGUUUUUCCUUCAAAAUUUUGUGGAAAGGUUUCUUUGUUAUACUUCACCAACCUUUUGUUCUUUAUUCCUUGGAGGGAAGUGAUUAGUGAAUUCGUCUUAGAUUUCUGCAAGCUACAUUUAAAUGAAAUUUUGUGAUAGUUCUCUUUACUUUUGUGACUUGAAUUUCUUUAGAUCAAGCAAAAACACUUUACUUACUUUGUUUCAAAUUGAAUUUACAUAUUUUGAUUUCAUCAUUUAUCUCCUUAGGUGAGAUUUGGUUUUAAAUUUUGAAAAAAAUCUGUCUUUCUUUGCAUUUGAUUGAAAACAGUUUUUAUAACAAUCUAAAGGUAGUUCUGCGGAAGCUCUGUUUUGAACUUUUAAACCAAACAACACCCCUUGUAUUUUAAUCAACCGUUACUUUACUGAAUACCAUAUUUCUCUUACUUGUUUGGAGAAGCAAAAAGGCUACCAUUGUGCUUCAUAUGCUUCACCUUUAGAUUCUCAUCUCUUAAUAUGCCAAGUCAAAUUGGACAUUCAAUAUAAAACAUAGUAAUUAUUUAGUUUAUCUAUCUAGUGUUUCCUUUUACAUGAUUGUCGGUAUAUUGUGUUUGUAUGAUUCAUAAUGGUAAUAAGCUAGCAUUUGUUGGAGUUUGACUUUUUAUUUCAUUGAUAUUAACGGGUGGAAUAUCAUUUGUAACUUGUUUUGGGAUUGCAGGGGCUUGAAAAUAUUUCCUAACUUCGUAUCGAUUAUGAAGAGCAAGGAUUCUAGUGAUUGUACUGAGCAUGCACUUUUUGAUGAAUUGAAGGCUUUGGAAGAGCAUCUCAAGGCUCAUGGACCAUAUGUCAAUGGGCAGAAUGUUUGUUCAGUUGAUAUGAGCUUGGCUCCAAAACUGUGCCAUCUCGAGGUGGCUCUUGGAAACUUCAAGAAGUGGAGUGUGACUGAAAGCUUGAGUCACGUGCGUAAUUACAUGAAGAAUGAUAUCAAAUCUGCCUUUUGGUCAAUGCUCCUAUGCUAUAUAGAGCAGCAUGUGUCCCAUUCUUUGUUCUCAAGUAUGCAAUGACACUUGAUGGCGAGCGCAUAUCCUAUGAUGCUGCAACAAGAGUGUUAUGGUAGCAAUCGCUGCAUCUACUAUUUUUUUUGGGGUCAUACACAAGGAUUUCGUUGGAAAUAUGUCGUAUUUCUCGUUCUAUUCGAGGGAUGUUGCAGCUUCUUUCAUUGUAGAGAUAAAAUUUGUCUAUUUAUUUGACACAUUGACCGUAAUGCAAAUGAUGAGAUUGUCGAGUAAUGAGUAUGAAGAAUCACCACUCUAUUGAUUUGGCUGGUGGAGUAUGUGUUGAAAUUUUGUUUGAUUCUCCAGCAGAAAAGUAUGAGGAGAAAAAGAAAAAUAGAAUUGCUUGCUAAGAGUUCUAAUGGCACCAUUGAUGGUGUAUUAUGAUAAUUGAUUUCAUUCUCUUCAACGGUAAAUAAACUUCUUGGUA